AUGGAGGCGAAGGCAGCAGAACUCCUGGGGGCUUUCAAGAACCCCAACCUGUCCGUCGAUUCGAAGCUCGCCUAUCUCUCAAGUGUUAAGUCUGAUAUCAAACAAAAGAAUGUUCCAGAAGGAGCAAUUCGCCCUAUUUUCGAAACAUUGCGCCUUGCCAUCGGCUCACAACAUUACUCCGUUCUUGGUGCGGGGUUCUCCACAUUAGGCCACCUUCUGAAGCGCCUUGCCAUCCAAGACCAGCAGCAAUGGAUUGUUCACCAAGCUCAAACUCUGUAUCCAAUCUUGUUAGAACGUCUGAAUGACCAGAAAGAACGUGUAAGGGCCCAGGCAGCUUCAAUAUUCACCGAUCUCUGGCCAUUUGCAGGCAGCGAAGUUGAAUACCAUGUGUUGGAAGUUGCGCUGGUUGGCAAAAACCAUCGGGCCAAAGAGAUGAGCAUGCUUUGGUUGGCAAAUAUGACGAAGAACCACGGUCUGUUGAUCCGCCAAUAUGUUCCUUCUCUAGUCGCGUGCUUAGAGGACGCCGACAGUGCCGUUCGAGAUACGGCCAAGUUGGUAGUGAUCGAGCUGUUUAAAAACGGCCCCGCAAGAGCGAAAUCCGAUUUGCAAAAGCAGAUGGCUGCACGUGGUGUGAGAAAAUCUAUUGCCAACGCCGUCCUUUCAGGUAUUGGUCUAGGAUCCGCUGAACCCGAGGCUACAUCCUCUACGCGCCCAAUCUCUCGCGCUGAGCGCUCGGUAUCAGUGAUGUCCUCCCGUUCACAUGCCGCGGAACAGCAUGAUGAUGAACUGGAGCCUGUCAAGAGCCGCCCGGCUUCGAGAGCUCACCGCGAGCGACCUGUAGCCUCCUCGGUGUCCGCAGAACCACAAAGUUACCAUCACACACCGGCUCCGAAACAAGCUCCCCAGCAAGAAUUACCAUACGAAGAUGGCUUGGAACCGUAUGAUGUUGCCUCAGCGAGGGAUAUCGAUGAUCUUGUGCGCGAUAUGCUACCCUGGUUCGAUGGAAAAGAAUCCGAGGAUAACUGGUCCAAACGCGAAAAGAACGUGAUCCUUUUCCGAAGAUUGACACGAGGAAAUGCGCCCCAAGACUUCUCGCAAACCUAUCUUAAUGCAGUCAAGACACUUCUUGAUGGGAUCUUCAAAGUCGUCAACUCUCUACGGACCACAAUGUCGAGCAACGGAAGUCUUUUGAUCCAAGAUAUUGCUCGGAGAUGCGGUCCCAAGAUUGACCCGAUGGUUGAGAUCAUUAUGCAGAAUUUGCUGAAGCUGUGCUCAGCUCUGAAAAAGAUCGCUGCCCAACACGGCAAUGCCGCUGUCGAUGUGGUCAUCAAGAAUGUCUCGUUCAGCAAUCGUCUUCUGCAGCAUGUCUGUUUCGCAACACAGGAUAAAAACGUUGGAGUUCGCCUGUUUGCCUCGGGAUGGCUGAAAUCUUUGAUAAUUCGACAGGCCCACCACAAAAGUGCAGUUGAACAUGGUGGCGGCCUUGAACUCAUUGAGAAAUCGAUUACAAAAUGUUUAGGGGAUGCCAACCCGGGGGUGCGUGAGUCUACCCGAAGUACGUUCUGGACGUUCUAUGGCGUGUGGCCAGAAAGAGCCAAUGUGAUAGCGGACACACUCGAUGCGAAAUCGCGGACCCUGCUGGAUAAGGAUUCCUCAAACCCCAACCCCAAAUCGAAGGGCGCACCUGCAUUGCCCGCCAAGAGCCCUGCUAAGUCUCGUACUGCUUUACAAGAAGCCAUCGCUGCUCGGAAGAAGGCUGCGAAUCCUUCCCGGCCAGAGUCAGCCCAGCCGGCCUUUGCUGAGGUGAAGCCAUCGACUCGAAGCGUACCCACUGGAGCUCCUCUCUCGUCUCUAUCAUCUGCGCCCAUGAGACCUGGCAUGAAACCUCGACGGGCUGAAUUGAGUCGUCCUGCAACCGCAGACCCCUACGCUCGUCGGCCCGAGUCGCGAAACCAGACUACUAGUACACAAUCUACGAGACAAGGGACAACUCCUCCUAGGUCUGUAAGGUCCAAACCAUCAACACCCAACUCCAAGGCCCCCUUAACAGCGCCUCGCACUCGCCCGCAUGAGUCCACACAGGCUGCUACAACUACUGGCAGGCCGAAAAAGCUCGAUUUGUCCAAGUCCAAGUCCCACAAUGAUCUUAUGGCUGCCAGUCGCGCUCGCAGCGAUUCCAGCGACAGUCUAACAAAUCAGCCGUCUGCUAGAACUCCUCGUCAUGGGCAUCAUUUAAGCCCAUCAGAUCAACAUUUCCCGACAUCUAUCUCGCUGGAAAGUCCGCCACUAAAUCCAUCGCAGUCUCUCUUGUCCUCAGCGCCACAUGGUCCUCACGCUGACUCGGUUCCUGUUGAAGAACCGGAACCAAUGGUACUGGAGGAAGCUAUUCCCCCGCCUUACAUUUCCGAACGAGAAGAUCCAGUGUCUCGCGGUUCAGGAUCUCCCACUCCUGGUCAUUCGGAUUUGGGCUUCGGUCCUGGUCCCGAAUUAUCUACUCUAAAAUCGCAACCUGAGUCAAUGGUCAUCUACGAAGAUCCGACGACACCAACUGCGGUCGGAACCGACGCUCCUGACUAUGCUGCUUCGAUUGGAAAGCCCUCCCCUUCGAAAUUCGGUCUUCGCCCUGACCAACCAGAGCAUGGCGCAGCAGAUGUCCAGGCCGUCUCUGAAGAUAUUCCAGCCCCAAUGACCGCUUCGAUCAGAAAGCCUAUUGACUUGGCGCCUAAUCAGGAACCGGCUCUUAACUUUGCAGUCCGGACUCCGUCUCCAACACGUAGAACGCCGCUUCAACCGAGUCCCUCACCCACGAGGGGUCGUACCCAGCCAGCAGCUUCUAAUAGAAUGGAUAUCGAAGCCGCACUUUCUCAAGAGACUCAUAUGGUUCCGAACGGCCACCUUGGCAACAACGAGAAUGCGACUCCGCACUUGGCCAAGACUGUUGAUUUGCCUGCAGUCCCGUGGUCCGCAGCUAAGCCGAGUGCACUUGAAGAAGUCACCGCAAAUGAACCGACACCACGUUCGCCGGAAGCCAGGCAGAGAUCGUUAGAAUUGUUGUCUCAAUCAAUGUCUCAAUCGACUUUAUCGCAGUCAACAUUGUCUCAAUCAACAAUGUCUAGAGACUCCCCAAGGAAUACCCGAAAAUGGGUCGACCGUCACCGCAGUCCUAGCCCGCGUUCAAAGGACCCAGUCAAUGCUAAGGAAAUGAUCCGCAGAGGUCUGAGCCGUAUUUUAUCGCGAACCAUGGAGCCUUCGGGAUAUCGGAAGCUUCAAGCACUCAUUUCAUACCACGGCGAUGACAUUGCAUCGCCAAUCCAGGACUACAAUGCCAUGUUGGAAGCUCUGUUGGGAGAACUCGAGGCGACGCCUAACAACCGCAAGGACCAUGACGUGAAGACCCAGGUCUUGUCGACCAUCCGUUCCAUGCUCCUGCGGACCCGCGAGCAUUUCCACCCCUAUGACACUCGCGCUAUGGCAGCUAUCAUCCGAGCUCGCCGCCACUACGAGUCCACUUCACACUUUGUGAGUGGUUUAGAGGAAAUCGCGGAUAAACUCGUGUUCUUGACACUGCCUCAAACGGCUAUUGCUGGCGUCCUGGAGGCACUAGAUAUUGGAGACGAUGAAGAGAAUGACGAGACAUACCGUUCCAUCAUCAUGGGCCUGAGUACUAUUCAGCAAUCACUUUCACGUCCUGAAAUUGACAUUGAUGAUGACCUUCUGGCUCGCGUCGGUGCUGUGGCGAUGAAGCAACUCGGGCAUCCGCGCCCCGGUGUCAGGAAGAAUGCUACUGAGCUCUGCACAUUCUUGAACAUCACUUUCGGGACUGAGCGAGUGCAAAAGAUCACCCAGCCUCCUCGUGAAGGAUCUCUAAACCUGCUCACCUACUUCAUGGCCCGACGGACCCGGUGA